CCACUAAUUUACCUAAUCAUCUUAGGAAUCGUUUUGUUUAAAAUACUGGAAUUUCCCAUACCUUGGAUUAGUUUCGUUUUGGCUGCCUGGAGAGAGAUUGACAAGCAGUGCUGAUUACAUGGCAUUCUGCAGCCACCAAUAAUGUCAUAUCCUGGUAGUAGCUAUCCCUCGUCCUACAAGAGAUACAUUCCUGUAAGUACAGAUCUUGGUAACCGUUAUGGUAAUACAACGAGUACCAGUAGUACACUGAGUACCGGACUCACACCUACAGGAGCCAGUGGUUACAGGGGAGAUAGGAGAUGGACGGGGGAGUCUGGUACAACCUCAAAUCUGACCACAAAGCUCGGAGAACUAGAAAUACAUGGUUCUGGAGAAAACUCUAAACUUCCAAUCACAGACCCUAGAAGAAAUUUUUCAUCCUCACUCUACUCCUCAUCCAACCAUGAACAAGAUAAGCUUGUCAAUGAUAUGUUUACAUCAAAACGGUCACCAGCACCCUCCCCCUCACCUUCAAAUUUGCGACAGGAGGAAGGAGAUAAACCAGAUCCCGUUGAUCCCAGGUCCUCACUGAGGAAACUUUUGGACUGUGUCAAAGAACUGCAAGAUCUGGAUGUUGAAAAAUGUUUGAAUGACUACAGGAUGAUAAAGGAAGCCAGUGAUCCUAUGGCUCUUACGAAGGAAGAGGAAUACGCCAAAUCGAAUAAAUCAUUACCCAGAAUGGAAAGCCAUGACGAUGUGAAAGAUCACCUCAGGAAAGAAGUUCGUGAACUUCAAACAAAAGUAUCUACUUUAGAAAAUCAAAAUGCGACUUAUAAGCAAGAGAUCGAAAGAAUAAAAAAUGAAUAUAGAGAGAAAAAAGAUGCUUUUAGGCUAAAGUGCAAAGAAGCAUUGGAACAAAAAGUCGCAGAGGCUCUUGAAAAAGAGACAAACUUUCAAGAGCAGAUUGACAAUCUGAACAGGCAAUUGAAAUUAAAAGAAGACUAUAUAGUAGAAAUAAGAAAGGCUUUAAGCGAACUUCGUGUUGAAAAAGACCAAGUAGAAAAGGAAAAAACAGAGGCCUUAACUCGACUAAGUAAGGAAAUGAGCUCAAAAUUAAAUGACAAAAACCCCAACAUCACAGACCUUAGUGAUUCCAACCGCCCGACAAAGAUUGCAGAGAAGUACAACGAACUAUACGACAACGAGUGGACGGAUGCUCUAGAAGAGCUGACAGAAGAACGCUACCGAGAGGAAGGUGCUAUUGCAGAAUUACUGGCAUGUGUACAAGCAGCCUAUUCCUUCUGUCAAAAGGCAGCAUCAAACCAGAUUGAAAACUUGAGAAGAGCAUUGACUAAUCCUGGUUUGUUGCUUGGAAGCCAUGGUUCAAGUGCUGCACAAUCAGUAAAUCCUGAAACAGAGAAAAUGCUGGAAGAAGUUAGAAAAUCACAAAAGAUAUCUGGAGAUGUUCUUUUGAAGGAAUUUGAACGUGAAACAAGUUUUAAAGGGUUAUAUAAAACAACGAUUCCACUUUUCACUGUUAAAUGCUUGGAGCUCUGCUGGUUGAUGAACAUGCACAAUCCUCCUGUUGCCCUUGGUCUUCCUCUAGCUAAAGAUUCAAAGUUUGAUGGCACUUUUUACAAAGAAUAUACCAGAACAGGGACCACUGUUGAUUUUGUAGUAUGGCUUCCACUUUUGCUACAUAAAAAUGGUCCCCUUCUUCAAAAAGGGGUUCUUCAGCCCAAUCCAUCCUUCAGCAGAUCUCUCCGCCAGAAACCUCUCAGUGCACCAGCCAAUUUGUCAAAAUCUAGGCGUAACAAGGAACAAUCUGAUACCAGUGGUCCACAGGCUGACCGUCUUUGUGCUGGAGGUCGAACACCACAAGAACCAUCUGUCCAUGGAACAUAUCAAGAAAGAGGAACAGACAAGUAUUCGUAUGAGAACCCAUAUCAGCAAACCGUCGCAGGAUAUCAACAGAAUACAGCAUCCUCAACACCAAACAGUCAGCUGGCAGAACAAAGAACACAGUUCCCACCUGAUGCAGGGACAAGACAUGGAACAUAUAAUUAUCUGUAUGGGGACACAAACCCAUCAAUAGCCUCAUCAUAUCAACAAAAUGUAGCUGUCCCAUCAUCAGAUGAUUAUAACAAAGACAGGCAGGAUAAAAACUCAGCAACAAGAAAGUCUGGAUCUGCAUCCAAGACUUCAAAGAAAUCGAUUUAUAAUUUUGAUAUGCCCUAUGAAAUAGAAUAUGAAGGAAGACUGUAUGUGCGUUUUCAAGACAAGGUUUAUACUAAAUCUCAGUGGGAAGAAAUAGAGAGAAAAUUCUACUCUGGAUCCUCAGAAGCUUGAAGAUUUUUGUUUCAAUGUGAAUUUUAAACAGAUAUAUAUACUGUGAUAGAUGUCCAUAGAUGUAGAUUACUAGUACAUGUACAAGUAUUAUUCACUUAUAAUUUAUUAUCUAUUAUUUAUAACAUUUAAUUAUUUACCUUAUUUUAUUUUACAUGAUUAACAUUGUGAAUCAAUGAAAUAAAUGGAGAAUCCAGUCACAAUUAUCAAAUAAUUAUCAAGAAACUUUUUGAGAAUAUUUUUUCACUUUUUGUGAAACACUUUAUGACUUACACUAGGAUUUCCAGCCUCUAGUACAUAUAUUAGAAAUGUAUAAUACUUUCAUUGGCUAAAAAACUUAUUUUCAUUGUAUAUGCAGAUGUUCAAUGGUUGUUUCUCUCUUAAAUAGUAUUUCAUUGUUUACUUAAAAAGACAGGCAAUUAAUAAGUUAAUUUUGCAAACCUAUGCAUAUCCAUGUAGAAAUUGUUUGAAUUAGGAUUUUUAUCAUUGAAUAAACGAAAAAAAUUAUUGUGUUUUCCAUAAAAUAAUCUACAAAAGGACUUUGUGAUGUGUAAUGUUUUCAUCCUUUUUCAAAAAUUCAGUAAUAAAAAUUAAAUAGAGAAAGGCAUAAAAUGGCUGUCCUCAAGUGAAUCUGUCAACUUUACAUACAUGUAUAUACCAGUAAGUGGCUGUCCUCAAGUGAAUCUUUGAACUUCACUUAUGGUUUUGGUGAGCUAAAAUU